GGAAUAUCAUACAUUAUCCCCUUACCACUGUUCGCCAUAACACACUUGUCAUCAUGAGCGAUGAUGAAUUGUCGCUGCUGGUAUCGACAGGCUUGCAGACCUUCCUGACCUCAGGCAGAAUCUCAACGCCGUUAACUUCAAUGGAUUUUCUUUUGGCUCUCAUAUCCUUCAGGCUCUCCACAUCUGCCUCAGGCCUCGCCAUGCCACGUCUAACUGAUCUACCCCGUGUAGAAAAGGUGCUCGAGGCCCUCUCAUCGAACUGGGAUCAUGGCUCCAUCCUGCUGUCACACGAAGGCGGCGAGUUGCAUAUCACGGAUGUCCAUUUGGGAAAUCAUCGUGUGCUUGAGGCUAUCAAUCCUCGGAAGCGCAAGCGAGCACCCAUAGACGAGGAUGCAGACUCUGCUGCUGGUAAUAAUCCUGACGAGAUCUCAUCAUCCAACGGAGAAAGUGAUUCCUCCAUCUCCAUGAACACCCCCUUAGGAAGUUUAAGUAAAGCCUUGAAGGAGGUCUAUGCAAUCCUCCAGAAGAGCACAGCAAAGGGACGGUUACUUGCGGAACGCUUUCGAUCUCCCAACGGUGGGUUCGAACCGAUCUGCACCUACAUUACCAAAGUAGACUGCGCCAAAUCCCGCUCCGAAGCUGAUCCUUCUAAUCCUGCUACAUUCUGCAAUCUCCUGCACUUCCGCCCUCUCAUUCGACCCCACACAGAUCCCAGCCUUGGACAUUGCUCCUACCUCAACACGUGCUACUCUGAGCCGACAUACUCACAAUCACCUUCAAUUACUCCUUUCCCUCCCGGCACGGGAGCGCGUGUGUCAUUACCGUCUGGUCUUGGCGCAGGAGGCAGGGGAAAGGAGAAAGCGCCAUGUCGGUAUCUGCAUUUCGAGAUUGAUUGGGACGAGAAGGAUGGACCCCUCGCUCCAAUUGAUGCAUGGAGAACCCAGAGGUUAAAGAAACCUUUCAAGAUUGAGCUGGGGAUGGGCCCUGAUGGAAGAGACAUGCAAGUGCUCCCCCCCCAGUGGAUCAACUGUGACCUGCGUCGUUUUGACUACUCAGUGCUAGGAAAAUUUCACGUCAUUAUGGCAGACCCUCCAUGGGAUAUACACAUGAGUCUUCCGUAUGGUACCAUGACGGACGAUGAAAUGCGUGCCAUGCCGAUACCAACGCUCCAGGAUGAAGGAAUGCUCUUCCUUUGGGUCACUGGGCGUGCAAUGGAAGUCGGUCGGGAGUGCCUCCGGGUAUGGGGGUACACUCGUGUCGAUGAAGUAGUUUGGGUUAAGACUAACCAGCUCCAGCGGGUGAUCCGCACCGGCCGAACAGGCCACUGGCUCAACCACACGAAGGAGCACAUGCUUGUCGGUGUCAAAACGCGCACAGACGCUGCGGGGAACCUCACUUUCCCUUCCUGGGCGAACCGUGGACUCGACACUGACGUCAUCGUGAGCGAGGUGCGCGAGACGAGUCGCAAACCAGAUGAGGUGUAUGGGCUGAUCGAAAGAAUGUGUCCUGGCGGGCGGAAGAUUGAGAUUUUUGGAAGAAAGCACAAUACGCGGCCUGGGUGGCUAACGCUCGGAAAUCAGUUGGGUCAGGACCAGAUAUAUGAGGAGGAUCUAGCAGCGCGGAUCAAGGCGAGAUAUCCAGAACGUUUCAUGACCGUGUCUAGUCAGGUUUUGCAUCACUAGAUAGUCUGCAUUUUGCUCGAUGGCAGCCUUCAAUCUCGUCUCACUCACCUGAGGCCCCAUUUUUGUGAGGUGGGUUAUCUUCUGGGCAAGUUUUACCUUGCAAGGGGCACACUUCUCUACACUAUGAACACAGAUUGCUUCUGGUCAUGCCAUGUGCGCUUGUGUUUCGCGAUAUUUGCGCGAUUCAUGGUGCGUCUACCUUCCUGUACUUGACGCCCGAUGCACACUUUGUAGCUUUCGUUUGCAACCGUCACAGUCAAUCAUACACUUGCUAUUGAUCAUCCCCAAAACUGUGUUAAAUUCCCGC